AAUAGACCCCUAUGCUAGGACAGAGGGUAGGCAGAAGGUAGGCUGGGAUGUGCUGGUAGAUCUUUGGGUGGUUUGCAGAAGAUGAGUCCCAACUGUUUUGCCUUCAGUGCUUAGCUUUUGAGCAUACAGAACAAUUUGUGCUUGGCAUUCUUCCCACACAAGAGUCAGGGUUUCGUAGUGGCCACAGGUCUGGUCUAGAACCUUGGGAGACCAGAGUUUAAUCCCCACUUGGCCAUGAAGCUCACUGGGCAACCUUGGGCCAGUCACCAUCUCUUAGCCUAACUUACCUCGCAGUGUUGUUGUCAGGAUAAAAUGGGAGGAGGGAGAAUGGUGUACACCGGUUGGAGCUCCUUGGAGGAAGGGUGGACUAUAAAUGUAAUAGUAAAGAGAAAUAAAGAAAUCCUGUCUGCCUUCCACCAUGGAACCCAAGGCUGUGUAUAUGUGGUUCUCGGGUAGUUCACUCCUCCCAACUGAUCAGGCACAGACCUGCUUAGUUUCAUCAAGGUAAUCCCUCCCUGUGUCUUCGGACUCUACUCUAGUACCACACUAAACACAGCGUGUCAUUUGACCCUCAGGGGUGUCCGGAAAGGACAACAAUCAGCAAAAAAAGGAAAGAAAACCCCAUUAAAAUACAUCAACAUCUACAUGUCUGGAUAGACUUGCCUAAACAAAAAUGUUUUAAGCAGGUGUCAGAAAGAACACAGUGUUUGUGUCUGCCUGCUGUCAGUGUCAACCAUUUUGCAACUAAAGCUACAGAAAUGAUGUAGAAUGAGACAAAAUACAGAAUCUAGAAACUAAAAGCAAUCAAACCAGGUCUACAAAUAUAUAGUUAAUUUUAUACUUUUAAUUGGAUAGUUAAUUUCAUUUAACAAAAAGCUGGCUAAACAUCAAGAUACUAGGGUAGCAGGCACUUGUCUAAUUUCAGCUGGCAACAUCCCAAAGGCUGGAGCUGCAUCACUGAAAGCCCAGUCUAUUAUUAUUAUUAUUAUUAUUAUUAUUAUUAUUAUUAUUAUUAUUAAAUUUAUAUACCAUCCUUCAUUCAAAGACCACAAGGCAGUUUACAGCAUAAAAAUACAAAAUGAAAACACAUAAUAUAACAAAAUACAUUUAUUGUUAUGGCAAUUCAAAGCUCAAAAUGACUUACAAAAAACAAUACAUACAUGCAUACAUUAAAGUGAGGGGAGUAUCCAUUAAAACAUCCCACCUAGUUAAAAGCCAGAGGCCUGAUUAAAAAGGAAGGUUUUGGCCUGGCACCUGAAAAUGCUGUAUAUACUCAAGUAUAAGCCGACCCAAAUAUAAGCCGAGGCACCGAAUUUUACCCAAAAAACCUGGGAAAAUUUAUUGACUGGAGUACUGGAGUAUAAGCUGGUUCACCACACCACAAACCGGUGGAUGAGGAAGGAGCAGCCUGAAAGGGCUGCUUUCAGGCUGCUCAUUCCUCCUCCGCCUUUGCCACUGUUGGAAAUGCGCUCGAGUGGGACCCUCACUCAAGUAUAAGGGGGGGGGCUUUUUCAGCAUAAAAAUGUGCUGAAAAAGUCUGCUUAUAUUCGAGUAUAUAGGUACCGGUAUAUAAUGAUGGCAUCAGGCAAAGUUCCAUGGUGAAAGCUUUCUGCAAACAAGGGCCCUGAGCCAAAUUUCUACGACAAAACCAACACUUUGAAAUUAAGUGCUAGAUCAGAUCUACCCACUCUUUGAAGAAACUGAUUUUUCUAGAUCCAUUUCAAUCAGAGUUUAGGCCUGAUUUGGACACAGAAACUGCCUUGGUCACCCUGUAUUGAUGAUCUCUGUUGGGAGAGAGACAGGGGAAAUGUGUCCCUUUUAAUUCUCAACCUCUCAGCAGCUUCUGAUAUUAAGCAUCAUAUCCUUCUGGAGCAGAUGUCCAAGUUAGUGGUGGGAGGCACUGCUUUUUGGUGGUCCAGGUCCUACUUGGAUGAUCAUUUCCAGAUGGUGAUGCUUGGGGUGUGCUCUUGGGCUCCAGUGUGGAGCCUUCAGUGUGGGUAUCCUCAGGAUUUGAUUUUAUCCUCCAUGCUGUUGAACAUCCACAUGGAACCGUUGAGUAGGGACAUCUGGGCUCUUGGACUACUGUACAUUGUCGGCAAUAUGUUCUACUUCUCCUUUACAUCUGCAGGCGUGGCAGUGGAUGUGCUGGAUCUCAGUGCUAAGAUUACUGCAAUGCCUUAUACAGUACACAGUACUGCCCCUGAAGACGGUUCAGAAACUUCGGCUGGUGCAGAAUUUAGAGGCUAGGUUGCUCUCUGGGACAAGAUGCUUUGAGCAUAUGACACUAAUCCUGGCCCAACUACACUGACUGCCAAUCAAUUUCCAGGCCAAAUUCAAAGUGUUGGUUUUGACCUAAAGUAAAGGGACCCCUGACCAUUAGGUCCAGUCGUGACCGACUCUGGGGUUGCAACACUCAUCUCAUGUUAUUGGCCAAGAGAGCCGGCGUACAGCUUCCAGGUCAUGUGGCCAGCAUGACUAAGCUGCUUCUGGCGAACCACAGCAAUGCACAGAAACGCCGUUUACCUUCCCGCUGUAACAGUACCUAUUUAUCUACAGUACUUGCACUUUGACAUGCUUUCAAACUGCUAGGUUGGCAGGAGCUGGGACCGAGCAACGGGAGCUCACCCCAUCGCAGGGAUUCAAACCGCCGACCUGAUCGGCAAGCCCUAGGUUCUGUGGUUUAACCUAUAAAGCUUAAGCUAUAAAGUUUUGACCUAUAAAGCCUUAAACAGCCCGGGGUCGCAAUAUCCCAAGGACUGCCUCUCUUUAUAUGAACCUACCAGGACCCUGAGAUCAUCCUCUGAGGCCCUUCUUUGUGUGCCUUCUCCAUGAGAGGUCUAGAGGACGGCAACAUGACAGCAUAUCCUUAAAGCACUGUUUGUGUAAUGCACUCCCCAGGGAGGCUUGCCUGGCACCUUCAUUACAUAUCUUUAGGCACUAGGCAAAAACAUUCCUCUUUCCCCAGGCCUUUGGCUAACUAAAAAUACCUUGCCUUUUAAACUAGAUGGAGGUUCUGGUUUGUUGCUAUGCUAUAUAUUUUGUGUUCUCAUUUUUUUAAAAAAAAUGCUGCGAAUCGCUCUGCCAUCUUCGGAUAAAGGGUGGUAUAUAAAUUUAAUAUAUAUAUAUUUUAAAGUAUUAAAUGCACCUGCAUGGUGCCUGUCUGAGUAGCGCAGCUGCAGUGCAGGGGUAUAUUGGAGUGAAGCUAAACAUGGAAUACCUUGUUUUUAUUAUUAUCAGGGAGGUACUGCCCUGAACAAGAUGCUAGUGGGAUUCUCUACUGGUGCCAUGCCAGUCUUGGGUGCACAAUGCCCCUCUGCCCUAAUGAUGUUUUAGCCUGGAUUAUUUAUUACUUAGUUUAUUUAUUAGAUGUAUGCACUGCCAGUUAGACCAGAGGCCCGUCUAACUAGUGCAGCAUCCUGCUCCCCAGAGGCACGUGCAUCCGGAGGGCCAGGAAGCUCGCUCGUUGUUGACCAAGCACAGGUAUUUGGUACUCGAUGACAUGUCCCCCUCGGUGAACCUGGAGGGUCCCGCUGGAAUCAGCCCUCCCUCCCAUUGCAUCCCGCUCAGCCCUUGGAAAGCCGCCUCGGCUUCGCCCAGCGACCCGUCCGCGGCUCCGCGCCGUGCGUCGGCCGGGCUCAGCAUCGGUUCUAGGCCCCAGUCGCGGCGCUUGGCAAGGGGGGCUCCGCGCCGGCCUCUUGUUUGGGGCGGCUGCUCCCCGUUGCAAAACAAGCGGUGCCGCUAGAGGGCUCUGGCCAUUGUCAAAAAAAGGAGAGACCGAGAAAGAGGCGACUGUUCUCAUUUUCUCUCUCGCUGCUGCUCCCGCUGACGAUUUUGGGGGCUGAACUUCCCAGGUCAGCGCCGGAGAGCCUUGUUGUUGCUGCUUCUCCUCCUCCUCCUCCUCCUCCUGCUUGCGUAGCAGCGGCAGACCCAGACCCGGCGCCACCCCGACGGGGCUGCGGGAGCCUCCAGUUUUAAGAAAUCUCGUUCUCCAGCCGCAUCCUCAAGGGAGAGAGAGACCUUUAUCAGCCUCGGUUGCUUUUCUCUCCCCCGCCCGCCCCACUUCUUUCUUUUCUUUUCUUCUCUCCCCACCCCCACCCUUUUUUAAUAUUAUCAUUUAAAGGAGAGAUCGCGAACUCUGCAGCUUCUCAGGGACCCGAUCCUGAAGCCAGAGACUUCCAGAUGGAGGAACCAUGAACCCAAAUCCCCAGCCUGGAGGUGCAGAGGCUGCGCCGACACAGAAGCAGAUUCCAGGACGCCCUGAAGGCUCCCUUUACCCAGGCCAGAACCAGCCUGGGCAGCAAAGCGAGGAUCCGGGGAAAGGAUGGGCCAAGCCGCCUCUUCCUCCUCCAAUGCCGAAAGGCAACCCCAGUCUCCCGCCCCGGGUCUAUAUGGGGCCUGGCCCAAGCCUGUGUGUCCAGUGUGGGGAGAGCCUUGCCCAAACUCGGCAUAGCGUCGCCCCGCCCCAGAGAGCCCCCCACCCUGCCGAUAAGUUCUACCCGUGCUCCGAUUGCGGGAAAAGCUUUGGCGUGAGCUCCCACCUCACCAUCCACCGGAGAAUCCACACGGGCGAGAAGCCUUACGAGUGCAACGAGUGCGGGAAGAGGUUCAGCCAGAGCUCCACCCUCGUCCUCCACCGCCGCAUCCACACUGGGGAGAAGCCUUACAAAUGCGUGGAUUGCGGGAAGUGCUUCUCGGUGAGCUCUCACCUGACCAAGCACCAGAGGGUCCACACGGGGGAGAAGCCAUACGAAUGCCAAGCGUGCGGGAAAAGGUUCAGCCAGAGCUCCACCCUCAUCCUUCACCAGCGAAUCCACACCGGGGAGAGGCCUUACAAAUGCGACGAGUGCGGGAAGACCUUCAGCGUCAGCUCCCACCUCACCAUCCACCAGAGAAUCCAUACAGGGGAGAAACCCUAUCACUGCACGGAAUGUGGGAAGAGUUUCCGGCAAAGGUCCGGCCUCAGCACACACCAGAAAACCCACAUGGUCCUCGUGAGACCUUACAAAUGCCCACCUUGAAGAGGGAGCCCAGCUUUGGGUCGCAAACCACCAGCCUUUCUUGCCUGACGCUUUGCUCAGUGAAGAGACUGUGGCUGCAGACGGAUAGAAGGAGGGGAGAGUUGGCUGGCAUCCCACAUUUUAAGAGCUUCCUUGGAGACUUGUGGGGGGCUGGGGGGCACUGUUAAUGGGAAAGGUAUUUCAGGGGUGUCACCCUUCUGCCACAGUCAAGUUAGGGCCAUUCCAGAAGCAAUGGUUGUUGGUCGUUGGUUGCAUGAGAUCCCACCAUGUUCCUUCAAAAAAAGCACUUCGGCUUUGGGUGAUGUUUCUUUCAAACCACAACACAGUGUUACGGGGAACGUGGCUGUCUAUUUCCCAAGCUAGCAGUUUGGAGGGCUGUCUGAAAUGCAAUUUGUGCCAAGUGUCACAGACACUAACCGGAUAUUUCCUGUGACCUCGCCAAUGCCAACUUAGAUCGGUUUCCCCCCCUGAGCGGUCCCCAAGUGUGAAAAUGUUCCAGUAACAAUUUAAAAGGAAAGGAGGAGGUUAAAGGAGUGGGUAGGCUUCUCUUCUCCGCAGCAGCGCUCUGCCAUUUUUGUAAACGUUUUCUUUUGCUUAGUUGCUCCUUUCUAGCUUGUUGUUUUCAAUGGUUUAUAUACAGUGAUUGGUGGUGGUUUUAUAUGUUGUACAAUUGUGAGCUUUCUUGGAGGUGGGCUUUGGCCUGGGAGCGGCAUAGAGCAUAAUCAGUCACAAAUGGGAUGUUGAUGAAAGUCUUCCCUGCUGUCCGGAGCUAGAACCAGAGCACGCAUUUCCUUUGUGUGUUUGUGUGUUUUAAAAAGACAGAAAUGAGAAUAAGAACAGAAUAUCCCAGCACAGCAAGGCUGCCUGGUUGCAACGUGGAGAUCCAGGCUGCGUGCACAUAAUACGUUUCAAGCACAGGGCUUCCACCAAAGAAUCCUGGAAACUGUACUUUAGCCCUCACAGAACUACAAUUCCCAGCACCCUUAAACUACAGUUCCCACGAUUCUUUGGGGAUAAGUCAUAUGCUUUAGAUAUACAGUGUGUACAGAGCCCUGCUCUGUCCUUUUAAAAGUCCUAAAGCCAGUGGUGUUAUCGGGGCAGAAGUCCUCGGCCUUACUCCGCAGAUGGAGUAGAAGAGCUGGCUUGCUGAAAGAUGUAUUGAUGGUGCCACCAACUUGGUGGUUUAAAAUGGAAUUAAACAAAUUCUUCUGAUGGUCACCCCACAGUUUGGAGCCAGUGAAUUAACACACCAGGGGCAGCCCAUGUGGUGGCCUCCAGAUGUUGGACAGCAACUCCCAUCAUCCCUGACCAUUGACUGUGCUGGCUGGGGCUGAUAGGAGUUGGAGUCCAGGACCAUCUGAAGAACAUCUGGUUACCCUUAUAAUAUCUAAAGAGAGGAGUUGCCAAGGGACCAUUAAGCCCAAAGGCUAAAAUGACCAGACCGCACCACUGCCUGAACCGUCACCUCCCAUCCCCAUCACUCCUUUGGUCCCUUUGCCAGAGUCUCUUUCAACUUCUGCAGCCAAUGCAGCAACUGCAAUGCUAUUUUUACUCCAGCAGAGAGUGGGAGAGAACAGUGGGGUGGACAGAGGGGCGCCAUAGCAGAUACACAGAAUGGAAUCGCACAUGUAGCUCUGUCAGGAAAGAAAGGUGGCUGUCGAAGGCUGGCUGCAACUGAACCUUGCCUCCACGGAGCCUCACAGCUGUGUGGGAUGUGCUGUUCCUCCUUGACAUAAUAUAAAGUAGGUGCAGGGAACGUUCGGCCCUCCGGAUGAAUGCCGUACUACAAUCCCCAUCAUCCCUGGCUAUUGGUCAUGGUUGCCAGGGCUGAUGGGAGAUGCAGUUCAGCAACAUCUAAAGGGUCAAAGGCUCCCCACUUCUGCUAUAAAGAGGGAGAGAAGUUGGGGAAGCAGCCACAGGAGUACCAUCAAUUUUGGAGGAAGAGAGAGAGAGAUAGAAAAGGAUACAGCAGGAACAGCGAGGAAACUCAGGGUCACAAUUUGGUGAUGAGGAUGGAGUAUUGGAGGAGGAGGGAAGAGAGAAGGAAAUUUGCCCAGUAACCCCAGGAGAGCUCACUGGAAACCUGAGCCCCAGGGAUUCGCCAAGAACAUCAAGAAGGUCCUGAAGGAAAUAAGAAGUUUGAGGGCUCUGAGAUCACUUGCAAGUUGCUGCUCUCAUAUGGGGGAGAUUUCAGAACAGGAAAGAUGCUACAGCAGACUAAUAGAGCCGGCCCGGUAAAUAUUUACAAGAUUAUGCAUGGUGUAAAUAAAGUGGGCAGGUAGGUUUUUCUUCUCUCUUGGCAGCAUUAGGACCUGAGGUCAUCUGGUGAAACUGAUUGGUAGAAGAUGCAAAGCAGAAGAAACACAGGACUUAAAUAAUAACUUUCACAUUUAACGUACAGAAUUCAUUGUUGCAUGAUGCCAGUUGCCACGAGCUCUCAAGGGGGAUUGGACAAAUACAUGGAGGAACAGCCUAUCAGUGGAUGCCUUGAACAUCCAUGUUCCAAAGCAGCAUGUGUGCCUCAUGAGUACCAGUCUCUGGGAGAUGACAGUGGGGAGAUGCUCUUGCUUUUGUGCCCUGCUUGUGGCCUUACCUGAAGCAUCUAGCCAGCGCUGCUUGAAAGAGGACUCCUGACUAGAUCAGGCUUUGGUUUGAUCCGACUCUCCUUCGCUUUUAAAGGGACGCUGUUGGAGGUAUUAUGCCUCUGAACACCACUUGCAGAAAAUCGCAAGUGGGGAGAAGGCUGUUGCACUCGGUUCCUCAUAGGCAUCUGGCUGGCUACUGAGAUCAGGAUGAUGGGACUUUGGGUGGAUUUAGCAGAGCUCUUCUUCAGUUCGCACACAAUCUCUGGCCUAGAUCUGGAAAGCUCAGAUCAUCUCCCUUCAUUCUGUGGGCUCAGCAUGUUGGUGCCUCUGUCCCUGGACUGGGGCAAGCAGAGCGACAGCACUAAGGAGGACACCCAUUUUUGUUCUGUUUCUAACUGUCUGGAUGUUGUUAGAUAGUCAAAACACUUCAAUUAACAGGAAUUUUAGCCGUUUUAGGUGCUCUUCCUUUCCAUCUGUAGCUUCCCCUUAUUAUCAGCAGUCGUUUAUAUUUCUUCACCAACAAACCUCUCACUAACAUCUCACCCUGUUAUCUCCAUGGUUUUCGUUCAAGGCAUAUUAAAAGUUCAGAGAAUU